UCUCCAUUUAAAACAAAUUUAAAUGAUUCGAAGAAACUAAAAAUAUAAAAUUUUCAAAAAAAGGAAGUGUUUGUGUUUUUAAAUAAAUACAAAUAAACAAAAAAUUUAUAAGAUUUAUCCUAGUGCUACUAAUUAAAAGAUGUUAUACCCUCAAUAUCAAAGGCUGAUGAAGUUGUGUAUGCUAUGUAGUGUAAUGAUUAUUCUCCCAUGCGGCACAACUUCCUAUUCUGCAGUAUUUGGUACAACACGUUACGGCCGUUCAUCGAUACCUUCACACCGAACAGCAACUUCAACGCAAUGGAUACCUGCAUCGUAUGGACUUCCACUAGCAAAUUAUAAAGCACCCCGUGUUUCUAGCCAAAUACCAGCAAAUUAUCCUGGUUUUUACUAUGAACCUUUUUAUAAUCCAUAUCCACAAGAUUACUUUGAUGAAUAUUUUUACCCACAACAAGACCCUUUAGCAUAUCCCUUAUACUAUGCUCCAACUAGAAAUUCCAAAUACGAACCAUAUCAAACUUUUCCAUAUUUUUAUGAUGAUCGAAGAAUGAGACAACCAAUUCCUUAUGAAUUAUAUAAUUCAGAUGAAGAUUCGUACCCAAUGGCUGAUAUACAAGAUCGAAUGCUACAAGAUGAUCCAAAAGAUUUUGAUAAUGAUGUUUUGGAUCAAGAUGAUUGGUAUGAGAAUGAUUUGAGAGAACAACAGCCCGAUAUUAAUAAUGAUAAUGCUAAUUCAGCAUUUUUACACAAUUUAAUAUUAUCACAAAUGUACAAUGACGCACUUAAAAAACAAAAUAAGUGGAAAACUAAUGGCCUAGAUCAAGUAACCACCGAUGCCGAAGAAAAUAACGAUUAUUAUGAUAAAUCGGAAGAUGAUACAUGGCCUGAUAAUGAAUACCAAUCAACAAAAAAUCAAAAUUUUGAUGAAAAAAAUGAAGACGCACUAAAAACACUUGAAAAUUAUCAAUCCAAAUAUAGUAAUGACAUCAAGAGAUUGCGAAAAUAUGGUGAUGAAAAACCAGAUAAAAAACAAAAAUCAACUUUAAGUAUGGAUCCAAACGAUACUAAUAUGUGGAUUAAUUGGUAUAAUAAACGCAAUUUAAAUACAGAAAAAAUUAACAAAAAACAAGAGACUCCAAAUCACGGACUUUGGUCACCAAUUCAUAAGAAAUUAACAUUUUCUGAUCGUAAAAAUAUUCAUAGUAUACAAACAGUAAUGCCUAAAGAAGUUUCAACAACACUAAAUCCUAUUACAUCAACGACAAUUACCAGUACGAGUGUGCCAAUUACGUCAAGUCAUUUAAAAUUGAAUGCUCCAAAUAAUAAGAAGACUGGACAGAAAGAGUUUGUACUUUUAAGGCCUGCAACACCUGUUCGACAUCCAUUUACUGAGCCUAUUUUAGAGUUAUUAGCACAACAAAAAAAUCAAAAUGAUGUUAAAAGAUCACCGUCUGUUUAUAAUACAAUUAAGCAACUUCUAAACAUGGAAGAUAAUUUUAAAGAGGAUGAGGCUGUUUUCAAUCAUAAUUCCAACCACAAAAACUUAAAAAAAAGAUAUGUAACAAGUGAGAAUACUUUAGUAAACGAAUUAAAAGAACUGAAAAAGACAUCAUAUUAAAUAUAAAAAAAAAAUUAUGUUAAAAAAUAAAU